AUGUGUGUGUGUGUGUGUGUGUGUGUGUGUGUGUGUGUGUCAUUAUCUAUCUAUCUAUCUAUCUAUCUAUCUAUCUAUCUAUCUAUCUAUCUAUCUAUCUAUCUAUCUAUCUAUCUAUCUAUCUAUCUAUCUAUCUAUCUAUCUAUCUAUCUAUCUAUCUAUCUAUCUAUCUAUCUAUCUAUCUAUCUAUCUAUCUAUCUAUCUAUCUAUCUAUCUAUCUAUCUAUCUAUCUAUCUAUCUAUCUAUCUAUCUAUCUAUCUAUCUAUCUAUCUAUCUAUCUAUCUAUCUAUCUAUCUAUCUAUCUAUCUAUCUAUCUAUCUAUCUAUCUAUCUAUCUAUCUAUCUAUCUAUCUAUCAUCUAUCAAUCAUCUAUCUAUCUAUCUAUCUAUCUAUCUAUCUAUCUAUCUAUCAUCUCUCUCUCUAUCAUCUUCCAUCUACCUACUAUCAUCUAUCUAUCUAUCUAUCUAUCUAUCUAUCUAUCUAUCUAUCAUCUAUCUAUCUAAAUAUCUUCUCUCUAUCCAUUUGUGUGUGUGUGUGUGUGUGUGAUGUGAAUUCUUUGUGGGCUCUGGGAGCACAGGCUCAGCUCUGCCUUACAGAGCUGCUGCCCCACAUGUCACAUGCUUGCCAUGGUGGAAGUCUGCAGCUGCAGCUGCCAGUGAUGACCAUCACUGUCCCCAUGGAGAACAACGCAGGAGAGUCCACGAGCAUAACACACUGCAGAGUUAGUGAGGCAUCCCAUGAAAAGUUCAAAGACUUUCUGAAGAUCACUGUGCCACUCCUAAGUCUCUGGGUGCAUUGCACUGGAAAAUCUAGAGCCCUUCCUGAAAUGUUCAUUGCUCCUGUUGAUUUUUGUUAUUUAGAUGAUUAUUCUUAG